UACAACUCGCCCAUAGUUGCCAUAUCUAGCGACGUUUGGCAAUGCGCGGGGCGGUGCGUAUGAACGGGGGAUCCGACCUCACUCGUCAGUUACCAUCCUGUUGUCGGAGAGAAUUCAUACAACGCUUACGCUCCGCCCCCCCUCUCGAUGCCAUCCUUGUGCGGUCCCCCAUUUGCAGUGCGUUUAAUUAUGUAAGAUUUGUGGCUUGUGGAAGUGAACCCAACUGUGAGAAAUACAUCGACAGUCACCGGAGACGGGAUUUUGGUAUCUGUUGGUGGGAAAAAUAAGGGGAAAAAAAUAGCAAUACUGGAACGAGAAGGAAAGGGCAUAUCCCACUGAGGAUAGUCGAUAAAGUGAGGAUAGAUAUACAAAAAAAAAAAGAAAUAAAAAAAUACCUAUAUAAAAGAGGGGAAAAAAGGGGGAAGUGAACGUCCUAUUCUUGUGACCCGAAGAAAACAAGUGCUCAGUGCAAGCUAGGCAAGCAUGGGGAGUUACGGGAUGCUUAUCAACACACCAGCCUCGUACGGGGACAACGAGGAUCCUUACCCGAGCCUCAGCGACUACCACGACUACGAGCCCAACCUGGAGUUCGACGACACGGAGCUGCAGAGCGCCUCCUCCGUCACCGAUCUGCCGGAGCUCCUCCCGGCGGCCACAGACUACCUCGAGUCGCCCGUGUCGGAUGGGACGAUCGAGGAGAACUUCGAGGCCGAGCUGGGCAGCGCGCUCGGGGAGGAGGACGAGCAGGCCCUCCACCACACCUUCACGGACGACAACGACUUCACGGACAUCGCCAGACACGGGAUCGUCGACAUCAUCGGCGACGACACAUACGGCCGGAAGGUGAUCGUCGUAUCAGCCUGCAAGCUGCCCAGCAACAAAUACUUCAACCAUGAGAAAUUCCUCAAGUACCUGAUGUUCACCCUAGACCAGUACGUGGAGCAGGACUACUCCCUGGUCUACUUCCACUACGGCCUCAACAGCAAGAACAAGCCCCCCGUGUCGUGGAUGUGGUCAGCGUACAAGGCCCUCGACCGAAAGUACAAGAAGAACCUGAAGGCCCUCUAUCUCGUCCAUCCCACCAACUUCAUCCGCGUUGUUUACAAUAUCUUCAAGCCUGCCAUUAGUGCCAAAUUUGGACGAAAGGUGAUGUAUGUCAAUUAUCUACAUGAACUUCAGCAGCAUCUUCACCUGAGCCAGCUACCUAUUCCACAGUGUGUCCAACAGCAUGACCAACAACUUGUUGCCAAGUUGAAAAGUCUGCCCAAAACCACAGGGUCAGGGACAAACAAGCCAUUGCCUACACAGCAGUUUGGGGUGUCUCUGCAGUACAUCAAAGAUGCCAACAAUCAGGACCCCAUUCCACCUGUGCUAAAGAACUGCAUAACAUUCCUUGACCACCCUGAUGCACUGGAGACGGAAGGACUGUUCCGUCGUUCAGGUGCAGCAGCUGUGGUGAAAAGUGUCCAGGAACGCUUCAACAAGGGUGAAGAGGUGAACUUUGUACUGGAGACUGAUGUACACAUUGCAGCUGUUAUCAUUAAGACUUUCCUGAGGGAACUUGAGGAACCACUCAUGACCUUUGAGCUCUACGAUGAGAUUAUCCAGUUCCAAGGUUUGAGUAAGAGUGAGCGCCUCAUCAGCAUCAAACAGAUUCUUCUGGAAAAGUUACCGGAGGACAACUACCUCGUUCUCAAGUUCCUUGUUAACUUCUUGUCGAAGGUGAUGGAUCGCAGUGACUUGAACAAGAUGACAGCAAGCAACUUGGCUGUUGUGUUUGGGCCGAAUCUGGUGUGGCCACGGGGAGGCCAAAUGUCCCUGAAUGCCAUUGCUCCCAUUAACCUCUUCGUGGAGAACAUGCUCUCCUAUCACCACCAGAUAUUUGUGCUCUGAAAGGACACUGCCAAUACGUCAAGCCCUUGAAACUCACAUACGACAUUGAUUCUGAUCAACUAACGUGUCUGGUCAAGACAUCUUUUCGAGCCAUAUCCUUUCAUCUACCAAUAUCAAUCAUGAUCAGGUUCACUCCUUCAUACCACUGAAGCAUCAACUCUAGAAUUAGUCGUUUUCAUUGUAGCUCCACAGAAGGAUCGUACUGACUGAGCAGUGAAAUAAGUUGUUAUGAGCUGAACACAGUUGAUUUGGAAAACUGUUCACAGUAUUGCAUAUUUUGCAAAAUUGUGAUUUAUAUGAUAGAUGAUAUUAUCAUACAUGUCUGUUACUGUUUCAUCAAGUAAGGUUAUGUGAUAAUUGUAGAAUAUUUGCUCCUAAACAGGGUGUAAGAUAGUGAUUGCUGAAGUAAAAGUAAUUGAGACAAGUCAUAACAUAGCUUCUUUUUGAAGAGUGUGCAUGGCAAGUAUAUGAGAAGGUGUCAUAUGUUCAUGGCAAAGGAAUUUGUGUUCAGAUUUCCACACGCGUGUCCAUUGGAUUUUUUCAUCACCGUUGAUUUUUUCUUUUUUCUUUUUCUUUUUUUUUCCUCAUUACUCUUGAAUAUUGUUGUUUGAUUUGAAAACUGCUGGAUAUGCUUAGUGUCUUGAGUGUCGUCACAGGUGUUUGUAUUAUUGUUGAAUAUGGUAUAACCAGGUGAGGCUUUGUGGUCACUUGGGACAUGAUUUGAUUUUCUGAAUUACAUUUUGUUUAGCUCAGGCAUAAAUUCUUACCAAUGUACAAUUAAUUUAACAAAGAUAAGCGGUAGGAUAGUUUGUAGCCUAGAAAUAAGCAGCAAGAAAAUGUAUCUACAGGCGAAUUAUGCUUAUUUUUUUAUGAACUAACAACUACCAAAAGUAGUAUAAAUCUUUGUUGAAUAUUUCGUGAUUGAUUGGGAUAUUUCUCUUCAAAAGAAAGUUUUGUAUUUAUUAUUUCAGUUUAACAAAAAAAAAUAUAUAUAUAUAUAAUUGCCAUUUCAGAUUCAUGAGGUUACCAUUAUUUCUAUGAGUUUUGUGUUAUUUUCAUUUCUUUACAUUGGAAUACUAAAUUAUAAUUGUUGUAGUUGUUUAUUGCAUCUUAUAGUGUCAUGACAGAAUUAACAAUUAUUGGUAUAGUUUUAAAAAUGAACAUAAUUUUUGGGUAGCCCUUAGUCUUAACAGAAUCAUUCCAGAAGUUAACAUUAAUUUUAAACAUUUAAUAUUAUUUGAUAUUAUAGAUCUUUAUCCAAGAAAGUGAUCCUAGCUAAGGAUUAUAUCAGAAGGUCGAGAUACAUAUGGAAGAAUGAAAAAUAACCAGUGACUUUUUUAAACUACUUAAUUUGAAAGGUGUAAUAUCUAUUUUUCUUCUUUAUGCUUAGUAGAAAUUUAAAGGAAAAAGAAAAUCACAGAAUCAUGAGAUGUUUGGAUAGGAGCAAUUUGUUAACACCAUACAUCAAUUAAGGUUUGUUUUCUAGUAUGGUUGAAACUUGAGCAUCAGUUGCUUACAUCACUUGUUUUUCUUUAUUUGUAAUGUAAGGUCAAGAGUUUAGCAUUGUAGAUCAAACUUUUAUAAAGAGCCUUGAAUAUAUAGGUGAAUGACAUUAGAUAUUUAAGAAGUUUUGCUGAAACAUUGAGUAAAAGAACUAUAGCAGUGCUAAGGAGUUUCAUAUACUGUUAAGAGGUAAUGGUGAAAUUUGGGGUAACAUUGGCGAGGAAGCAGGAGGAUUAUCAGACCUAUAUUGAGCGAUUGCACAGUGCAAUGUUGGCCCCAUACUGGAGCCGUUGCGCUGUUGCCAUGGGAAAUUUAGACUGGUAGGAGUAUUCUGCAGUGGAAGUAAAUUUCAACUAAAAUAUAUGGUUCCUUGAUGAAGCAAAAAGUAUAGAAAGUAACCUUGCUGAGCCACAAGAAUGCAUGUCUGAGGAAUCCUAACCAUGGGAGUGAAACCAGUGUCUGGAGAUCCUGUGAGUAAGUGGACAUGUGGUCUUUGAGAUAUUGGCUCUUUGACUUAGAUAUAUUGGACCAUAUUGACGUCAGAAGUUCAAAUGAAUGCUUUGGGAAUGAAAUGUGAAAGGAAAAGAUAUGAUGUGAGAGUUGUAUAAAUGCUUGGAACUGACAGAUAUUUGAUCCUUCAGACAACACUAGAUUUGAUAUGGCUUUGUACUUUUAAAAAAACUGGAAUGCACUUCAAAUCUUUUGGAAACAUUCUGACUUGAUUCCUAUGUAGGAAUCACUGCAAAGAGAAAGAAAGAAUGUAUGAUGCAUAUUUUUCUAUACAUUAACUAAAGCUAAUGGAUAUGGAAUUGCCUCAAUAUUUAUGGAUUUUUGGAUAAAAAAGAAAUGCCAGAGGAAUUGCAAAUACAAGACUGCCCCCCUCAAAAAAAUGAAUAACUUGUAAAAUGUAAUUAAAACUGAGUGCAAAGCAAAAACAUUAUCAUGGUUUGAGGUUUGCAUCUUCAUUACUAUUAAUUUUCAGAUUCUUUGAAACUGUAUUUCAUUAUUUGGUAACUAAUAUUUCACCAUUCUGUAUGAAAAAAACAUAGAGACCAAUGCACAAAAUGAAAAACAUGAAUACUGGCAUUCUUUUACCCACUAUAUAUGUUUACACAACAGUACCAAUUCUGUUUCAAGUAUCAUAAUGUUGUCAAGAAGUUAAGGUUUGUUUGUUAAGUGUUGUGAAGAUGGUUAGUGGUUCUGGUAAGUUAUAUAGAACAUUUUUUUUUCCUAAUAAUAUUUUGAAUUGUCUUAUUUUUUAUUUUCUAUCUUGCUCUUUUCAUAGAAAGAAAUAACAUCUGUUUAUGGGAUUUGGUUAUGUGAACAACACUUUAGUAGCUGGAGAGAUGAUUUCUGCAAUAUACACCUCAGUUUUGUUUCAUUAUAUUAAAGCUAUAUUUUUAUAAUUUCAAAUUGUUAUAUGGAUUAAAGGCAUAGUAGAUAUGCUUAGUUAUACAUUCAUUUAAUUUAAGAUCUUAUCCCUGUGUCUUAACAAUUCCUUUAUAGUUAUAGAGAUCAAUGCAGAACGGUGUAGAAAAUAAAAGUAAAAUAAAGUCAACACCUUCUACCACUAUCUUUGGAAUGGCAUUUUACUUUGUCAGGGAUAUUAUUGCUAAUACCAGUGCAUUUAUGUCCACAUUAAGAGUGACUUUUUAUUUGAGUGGUUUUGUUAUUUGAGUCUCUCUUUUUUGUAAUUAAUUGAAGACAGAGCCAAAGAAGGAAUUUAUUGUUUUGUUUUUUUACUAAGGGUCCAUGAAAGAAUGCAUUCCUUUAUGAACUGACACUUUUCUGUUUGAUCUAGCAUGUUGUCUUUUUUUGUACAUUCUCUUCUGCUUUUAUUUUAAAAGUUAAUGUAUUGUAUAAGCUUGCAGUUGAAGCACAAAUUUGGCUUAUUUUUUGUUUGACUUUUUUUAGAGAAGAAAAGGUUUAUAUUUACUGACUUUAAUCCAAAAUGUUAAGUGACUUAUAGUAUAGAUGAUCUUGAGAACUUAAGCAGAUUAUUCUUUUGAUCACGUGGUAUGACUGUUUAGUUGCUUUUUGUUAUUAAGAGUUGAGUAAAACAGACGUUAGAAAUGUAUAAUUUCAAUGAUGUUUUGCCUUUUUUUUUUUGCACAAGCAGCUAUACAGUAUAGCUUUGUUGAUUGAUUUGUGUAUGCAUUUAAGACCAUUGAUUUGAUAUCAGAAAUUAUGUCUGGUAUUAGAUGUACCAUAGGUUAUUAAGCAACAAAGGAUUUUACGAAGAAUUUCACAUAACACAAGUAUUCAACUUUGGUAUAAGUUGUAAGUAAAAAAUUUAACACAAUAAAGUUCAAACAUUUGCAUUUUGUACAAACACACACUCGAGAUACUGUUUGACACAUAAAGGCACCUCUGCUCAUUGAUGCCGUCUCUGAAAUCUUACUUUGAAAAACCUGACAAUCAGCAUUUUUCUCCCUCUUCUUCUUCUUUUUUUUUUUUUGUAUAAAAUCUGAUUCGUAGUUCUUUUCUUGCUAACGGCAUGGAAGGAUCCCAGUGUUAGUAAGCUAGGUGAAAAGAGCCAUUUAUUUUUGUUUGUUGGCAUUUGAAAGCAAUUUGGGUUAUGUCACAUUUUUGAAACCUGUGUGUAUGCUAACUUCAAUUUCCAUUUCAUCCUUUGUUGCUUAGAUAAUCAUGUUUGGAGUAAUUCACAUUUGAUAUCUUUUUCUAUAUAUCAUGAAAAUACUUUACUGUGAUUUAUUGUCAAUUGAAAAUGAGAUUAGUAAUAAUGUAAUUAUUAAUGGUCUUAAUAUUUGUCUAGUCUGAGUGUAUAUAAUAUGAUAAUAAAGAAAUGAAUGUAA